AUGAAUUCAUAUCAUCUAGUCAAACCAUUUCCUUUUUUAUUAUCGAUUAUUCGAUAUAAUCAUCGUACAGUUCCCUAUCCUGAUAUAACACAUCCUGAACAAACAAUUCAUAUACCUGAAACUCAUGAAGAAAAACUUGCAUUACCAUUAGAACGACCACGUUUUAUUGAUGAAUAUUCAUUAGAAGGACCACCUUAUGGACGUGUUUAUGAAAAAAUUCCAUUUAAAUAUCGUGUUGAAAAAGGUCGAGCGUAUUUAUAUUGUGCAUGUGGUUGGGCACAUACACAACCAUUUUGUGAUGGAAUGUGUAAAUAUGUAUGGGGAAAUCAUGAUGUACGACGGAAUCCAAAAUUUCGACCAAUAAAAUAUGUUGCAGAAGAAACAAAAGAUGUUUGGUGGUGUAAUUGUAAACAAGCAAAAAAAAGACCUUUUUGUGAUGGAACACAUAAAUCAGAUUUUGUACAAAAACAAAAGGCUGUUAAAAAUUAA